UCUUGGCGGUCCGUCCAUAUCCGCGCGUUCGUUCGCGGCCGGCGUGCGCUCCGUUUUGUUUUCCGUCGAAAUCGGCGCAGCUGGCGGCGCGCGUCCAUCGGACCGAGCGUGAACGGUCCCGCGGCGAUCGAGGUACGAGACUCGGAAGUCCGUGGUGCGCCGCGUCGCGCUAUCCACAGGUACGUGUUGGAAAUCGAGUUCGUUUAGGCCCCGGGAUUGGGUUAACGCGCCAUUCUUCUCCGCCGGCGAGGGAGAAAGAGAGAGGGAGAGAUCGCGCGUCGCCUGGCUCAAACGGCGCGCCGCCAGAGGCUACUCCAGGCUACUCGAGAUCGUUCGACGCGACGGAUAGACGAUCGCGUUUUACUUUUCUGAGAAAUUCAAGACCGUACACGCGGCUACCGCGGGCACGUCGCACCGUGAAAAAGGAACGACGCGCGCGUGCGAGAGAGAGCAGACCCAAAGCAGACGACACGCGCGCGAGAAGCAGACGACGAUGACGGUGGCGGUGGCGAUGGCACUGGUGGCAGUGGCGCGCGUGAAAGACGACGAGGGCGAGACGCGUUUCCCGACAAGUUUGGUCCCGGAGCGCCCAGGUGAGAUCAUUAUCAAUCCGGACAUCGGAGCUGUGAUCGUGAGCAACGUGGGUCGUCGUCAUCCCCGGCAACGAGGAGGCAGGACGGUGUUGGUCGAGGAGCGGUUAGCGGCGCGGCGGCCGGCCGAAUCGCGAGGGCGAGGGCGCGGGAGAGGGCGAGGAAGAGGGAGAGGAGGGAGCGAUAGAGCGAGAGGCAGCGUCGCGCCCCGUAUAUCGAUACGAAUGACGAAGAUGCAGGAGGACCCGGUGCAGGCGGCGCCGCGGAUCACGCACGAGGACCACAUACUCGAGGCGAUCGAUCAGCUCCGUCGGCGCAAAGCGCGCCCGGAUGCCGAUCGCAUCUGCAACUAUCUCCUACGGAACUACGCGGUGGACGCGCGCGACACGAUCGCCGAUCUUCAUCGGCUGAUCGAGGUCGAGAAGGUGAUCCAGGUCGAUUACAAGGGUAACACCAGUUACCGCAACGCGAAGAAGUGGACGCGGCUGCAGCUCUUCAAGAAUCGACCGGAGGGCUUCCUCAAGGAGAAACUCAACACGGGCAUGGUAUCGAGCGCGGUCUCCGAGCUCGUGGUCGAGGAGCCCGAUUACCUUGACCAGGGCGUCCCGGCCUGCCGCCUGAUCGAGCAUCUCCUCGACGGCGUCUCGAGCCCGACGUCGCGUCGCGUGGUUGAGGAGUUUCUCGGCCGGGAGGUCGCGAGCGGCAAUCUCGCGCGCCUGUCCAACGGCAAUUACUCGCUGGUGGCGACGUCCGACAUGACGACGGACGCGACACAGUCGCGACGCGGCGGCGCGGCCGACACGCAGCCGUCCUCCUCCGCGGCGGUCGCCUGCGCCCUGGAGAACGGCAACGCGACGCAACGGCGUGUCGGUAAGGUGGCUGCUACCAACGGCACCGUCACCAAUGGCACCAACGGCUUAACGCCCAAGGUGGCCAAGACAACGGCAGCGGCGACGGCCACGGCCACGGCAACCGCGGCGGAGCUCUACGAGUUCAACGAGACGGAUAACCUUACCGACACCACGUCCAACAACACGUCGCGAUCGUCCUCGCGGCAGGCCAACGACAGUCCGAAACUGGAACAGCAACUGCAGCAGCAGCAGCAGCGUGUUUGAAAGGAGGAAUGCUACGAGGUCAGCGGCGACAAGAACGACGCCGAGCGCGGCGGCAGCGCGUCGCCGCCGACCGUCGAGGUGACGUGCAACGGCGGCGGCGACGACGGCGGCGACGGCGUCGUCGUCGACGGUGGCCAACAGGAACGCAAUUCCCCGGAGGUGGCAGCGCCGACGUCGACAACCGUGGAGAACGAUGUCAAGGAGGAACCAAAGAGCAACGAUGUCCAGAAGACGACGUCUAACCUUAAGAGGUCCGUCAAGGCCGAGCGUAAGCAGCGCCUGUUCGCGAGAACGGACGACCGUAUGGACAUCGAGAUCAAGUUCGAGGACUACCAGCAGAGCGGCAAGGACGAGCGGGAGAAGCGCGAGGAAACUGGACAACGGUCCAGCGAGGAUCGCGAGGACGAGGACGCCGGUAGGAGCUCGUCGACGAACACGUCCCCGACUCCGUCCAACGUAAACAACACUAGUGGAUUCCGUAGCGCCAGGCGGAAGAGAGCCAGAAAAGUAUUUGAUCCUUCGGAUAACAACCUGGUAAAGCGCAAACGAGGUAGACCAGGUAAUAAUAAAAAUUUGUUGAUGCAAGACUCUCAGGAUUCGGUUACUAAGCCAACUGUCAAAGACGGACCGUGCAGGCAGUGCAGCCUGUGUGCCAAAGAGAAACUGGAGGCUCUCGUAGCUUGCAGGGAUUGUACAGUGCGAGCACAUCCGAGUUGCAUUUACAGUCCAGAGGAGUUACUACAGAAAGCUAAUAGCAAUUGGCAGUGCGAGCGCUGUAAAACCUGUACCGUAUGCUGCGAGACCUCCGACGCUGGUCCAUUAGUGACGUGUUAUAGCUGCGACGAUGCCUAUCACUAUUUCUGUCACACGUCUCGCGUCACAAUAAAAUCGAACUCCAAAUGGUAUUGCAACGAGUGCACGCAGAAACAGCAGUGCAAGACGACCGACAGUCAGAACACUAAUUCGGUCAACGGAACAAGCAGACCGGACAGCCCGUCCAGUACAACUAUUUUACCGCCGGUUCUGAGUCCGCAGGUUUCUCCUACGAGGGGUUCCUCCGAUCAGAUGGAAGACGAUGGUCCUAAAGGACCUAUCGAUCUGAAUAUUCCCGACGCGAGGAGUUGGACUUCCGAGCAAGUGUAUCAAUAUUUUGCUAGAUUGUUUCCCAAAGAAGCCGAAGUCUUCCGGCAGCAGGAGAUAGACGGCCACGCGCUUUUAAUGAUGAGUCGAAAGGAUGUUCUGUGCGGACUUAAUUUGCUGCUCGGCCCUGCCCUGAAGAUAUUCCGACACGUUUUGAAGCUUCAAUUUCGUAGAGACGAUCCCGAAUUGUAUUGGCAAUAAUACAGACGAAUUGUGCCCAAAAUUGAUCUCUUAUAUCGUACGCAUUUUAAUCUGCGAGAUUUAAUUUAUAACAAUUUUCACAAGUUAAAUCUUUUAGAUUACGAUUGCGAUGUAAUUCUAGUUUGUAGACAGUCUCCACGUUGUACAUAUGAAGCAUAGUGCUAAAGAUCUCUUACAAUAAGGAUAUCAGAUAUGUGCUCCUUAAGUAACGAGACUCCUGAAUGUUCGAAGCGGGGUUCAUUUGCUGUUGAAUCCCGCUUUGGGAAUGUAUCGGGACAUUUUCUGAAAAAGCACGGAAGUAAUCUCGAACUCUAUUGGCAUUGGCAAUAAUAUAGAUGAUAACUUGCAUAAAUUCAAUCUUCGCGACAUUGUGCAUAUAAUUUGUACAAAUUAAGCCUUUUCAUAGAUUAAGAAUGUAACUUGACUUCAAGAUACUGCUCCGCAUUGUACAGAUGAGACGUGUUUAUAAGAUCCGCGAACGAUUUGUCGCAAACCAAACCGGUACCGAUCCGUGAAUGUGUGUACACGCGCAAUUAUGUACACUCGAUGUACAUACUUUCCGCCUUUUUCGCGGUAUUUUAUAAAAAGGGGCAGAUAUUUUCUAUGUCCAAACUGUUACUUGUUAACGUUAAAUUUAAGCCUGUAUCGAAAAUUCUACACGCUGUUUGUUCCGACAAUUGCCAUUGGACGUGUGAAACGGAAAAAGAGAAAUUAUCGACUGAUUUACACGAUUUUACGUCACGUAAACUUGUAUUUUAUUUUCACAAGUUUUACAUAUAGGAAGUAGCACAUUUAUUUGUAGAAUGUAGUUACAUAAGAUGCUACCAGUUAAGGAACACGAUACUUUGGUUUUACAUGUACUUUUCUAAUAUGCAAUAAAUAUUUUGAUAUUUAUAAA